UCGUUACCUUAAACAGCACCUAGCAUGAUGGCUAAUCAGUAAACCUGGUUAUUUGUCGCUGUAAAACUUAAUUUUCGACACCUUAGGCGAUGAGUUUACUUUUUAUUAUGAGAAACAGGUUAAACGACGUUACCCUCUGAGCGUGAAAAUUGUCGUGUUAAGAUUUAUAUAAUUAUUUGUCAUUUUUGGCGUGGACAUCAGCUGUGUGAGGCUCCGUAGGGGAUGGAUCCUCUGGGUGCUCGCUCCCAGUUCGUGGACAUCCAGACUCUGCCCACGUGGCAGCAGCAGCUCGAUGAGGACGGCGAGGAGCCUCGACAGGACCAGAGUGACAGCCCGGGCAGCCAGUUGGGCUUCCCCUCGCCCUUUCCCUUCAGACCAGAUCUCAACCGCAAGAUCAUCCUGUUCACUGGUGAUGUGGCCCUGCUGAACUGCACCGCCAUCAUCAACACGAGCAACGAGUCGCUGAACGACAAGAACCCAGUGUCUGACAGCAUCCAUCAGCUGGCAGGACCAGAGCUCAAAGACGAGCUGCUCAAACUGAAAGGAUGCCGAACAGGGGAAGCAAAACUGACCAAAGGCUUCAACCUGGCAGCAAGAUUCAUCAUUCACACCGUAGGACCAAAGUACAAGGCAAAGUACAGGACAGCGGCUGAGAGCUCACUGUUCAGCUGCUACAGGAACAUCAUGCAGUUAGUCAUAGAGCAGUCGAUGGUGUCUGUUGGUUUUUGUGUGGUGAACACAACCAAAAGAGGUUACCCACUGGAGGAAGCAACUCACAUAGCUUUCAGAACUGUGCGCAGGUUCCUUGAGAGUCAUGGAAACAGCAUUGAAGCAGUGGUGUUCGCAGUGUCAGAGACAGAAGAGCCGGUGUACAAAAAGUUAUUGCGUCUGUACUACCCUCGCUCUGAGGACGAGGAGAAAGCCUGCCUGCCGCUCAUCCCAGCAGACAUUGGCAACUCUGAGGGUGAACCUGUGGUCCCUGAGAGACAGAUCCGCAUCGCAGAGAAACCAGGCAGCCUGGAAGAUGAUUCAGAGGAGGAGAGCUUGGAGUCGGACCUGGGUCAGGUGGGGAAUCACGCUUUUGCUCGAAUGGAGGGUGACGUGGACAAACAACGCAAACUCAUAUUGCAAGGUCAGAUGUCGGAGGCAGCCGCACAGAAACAGCACCAGCGAAAUUAUAAUCGCUGGCUGUGUCGAGCACGAGCAGAGGAUCUGUCAGACAUCGCUGCACUAAAAGCCUUAUAUCAGACCGGUGUGGACAUGUGUGGUAGGACUGUGAUGGUUGUGGUUGGACGAAACAUCCCAGUGACGCUUAUUGACAUUGAAAAGGCCUUGCUCUACUUCAUCCAUGUAAUGGACCACAUCACAGUAAAGGAGUAUGUGAUGGUUUACUUCCAUACGCUGACUGGUGAGCACAACCAUCUGGACUCCGACUUCCUCAAGAACCUCUACGACAUUGUUGAUGCCAAGUAUAAAAAGAACUUGAAGGCCUUCUACUUUGUACACCCGACAUUUCGCUCAAAGGUCUCAACGUGGUUUUUCACCACCUUCAGCGUGUCGGGGAUGAAGGACAAAGUCCGUUACCUGGACAACCUGCAGCAGCUCUUCACCUGCAUCAAACCUGAGCAGAUAGACAUCCCUCCUUUUGUCCUGGAGUAUGAUGCACGGGUGAACGGACCUCACCAUCCCUCCCAGUCUUCCGGUCUGUGACCAGUGGGACGUCUGUACUGGUGUCAAGCCGAAGCCCUUUAUGGACGCGGUGCUGCCUUUGUGGACUGAACUCGUGACAUCCUCCUGAGGCUCUGAACCAUAGUUGGGGAACCUCUCCUUGUGUUUUUUGUCUCUGCCAAAAGGACAAAAUUAACAUUCACAGGCCACAUUUAGCAGCAUGUGGCCGCAGUGAGCAGUCACGUCUCCCUCACCACGGACUAUUUAUGGGCCUCCGAUGGUUUCUGGAUAAUGCCUUACACUGAGAGUUCUUAUUCGGCAGUUUCUUCAAACAUCCCUAAAUAUGAAGUAUUAUGUCAAGCACUUAAAAUCACUUCCGUUGUGUGGUCACAUCAGACACCUUCAACCAUGUCUCAGAAUAUUGUGUUGGAUUUGCUGGAGGGGGCUGUGGAAGGUUUCGUCUGUCUGGACUCCCACACUGCUGCGUUCUUUAUUAUGCUGUGCCACACCGGACUGCAGAAACUCCAGACGAAGUAAAGACCAGUGCCGCGGUUUCAUUCAGCCGGAAGUUGGCAAUUUCCACCUGGUAGGCUGUAAUAACACACUUUGUGUUCUUCUUCAGUCAAACUCGGGGAAAACCCCAGGGAAGUAAAAUUGAUGCCUGGGAG